AUGGUUUCAGCAGAUCAAACUUCGUUUCCCAAGCCCCUCAAGCAGUCUGGCGCGCUUGAGCAGUUCACCUACGAGGACACAACUCCUGUCAUUGGCCGAGAGUUUUCAGAUGUCAACAUUGUCGAUGACCUUUUGAACGCACCCAAUGCGGACCAAUUGAUCCGAGACCUCGCCAUCACUAUUUCGGAACGAGGUGUUGUCUUCUUCCGCAAGCAAGACAACCUUACCAAUGCCCUACAGAAGCUACUAAACCAUAGACUUGGCCAGUUGUCUGGCAAGCCAUCGACGUCGACUCUACACAUUCAUCCUGUGCUCAACAACAGCAGCGAGUUUGGUGUCGAUGAUGCUGAGAUUAGUACUAUUAGUUCUUUGCAAAGGAAAGCUCUUUUCAAAGAAAGCGACGCACGCAACAAACGCCGUUAUGAUGCUGCUCAAUGGCAUUCAGAUAUACAGUUUGAACCUGCGCCAGCUGACUACACCUCGUUACGUCUGACUCAGCUUCCAAAGUCUGGCGGGGAUACUCUAUGGGCAAGUGGCUACGAGAUCUAUGAUCGUUUUUCACCAGCAUACCAGAAAUUUUUUGAAGGCCUGACUGCCACCUUCUCUGGCGACGGCUUCCUUAAGGCCGCAGCUGCCAACCCGGACAAAGUCAAGAUCUACGAGAAGGAGCGUGGUAGUCCGCUGAAUGUGGGCAAGGAGCUCACAGCCGUACAUCCAGUCGUCAGAACAAACCCUGUCACUGGAUGGAAGAGCAUCUUCGCUCUUGGUCCGUUCCCAAAGUUCAUCAAUGAGUUGAACGCUGAUGAGUCGGAAGAACUGUUGAAGAAGUUCCGGGCUACCAUUACAGAGAACCAUGAUCUCCAAGUCCGUUUCAAGUGGAGAAACGAGAACGAUAUUGCCAUUUGGGAUAAUCGCAGUGCUUUCCACAGCGCUACUUUUGACUACGAAGGACUGGGCGAACGAUUUGGUAACCGUGCUGUCGGUAUUGGCGAGGUACCUUACCUCGAUCCGAACAGUCAAUCUAGGACGGAAGCUCUUGCUAAGCGUCAGCUGGGUCAAGAGGUGGCCUUCGAAGGGAAGACUGAAAAGUCAGAGACUUUGUCUGCUUGA